AUGGAGUUAGAGCAUGGUGGCAUUAGAUUUCCCACGGGAACAAUCUUUUGCUUCUCUGGUGGUCCCAUAUAUCUCUCCCUUAAGAAUCUGAAUAUGUCCUACACAUUUCAGGGCUUUCCUGGUGGCUCAGAUGGUAAAGAAUUUGUCUGCAAUGCAGGGGACCCAGGUUCAAGAUCCCCUGGAGAAGGGAAUGGCAAGCCACUCCAGUAUUCUUGCCUGGAGCAUCCCAUGGACAGAGGAGCCUGGGGGGCUGCAUUCCAUGGGGUUGCAGAGUUGGAUACAACUGAGCAACUAACACACACUGGUGGUCCCAGGGUUUUUCCUGGUUCGCUUGCUUUGUGUCGUAUUAGCCCCCUCAGAGUACCUUCAUGGCAGUCAACCCCCAUUCCUCUCACUAAGGACCAAUCCCGAGGCCUGAGCCUCCACACCCAGCCCCUGCUUGCCACAAGCGUGACAGCCACGUGCGAUCUCAGUGGUGAAGUUUCUCCAUUUUGCCUUCGGCACACCUGUCUCGCUGUGCUUCCCUCUGAGGUUCUGAAGCUCCCCUCCCCUGACCUUGCUUGUGAGGGGUUUUCCUAG